AUGACAUAUUAACACAUCCCAGCAACACCAUGAGGAGCAGACCCAGGUGCUUUUUCUGGGGUCUCGGAUUUCUUCUUUUCUGCUGCAAAUCAGCCUUCAGCGGUGAUUAUUUGACUUUCGACCGUUUUUCUUUGGAUGAUUUUGAUGAUGAUUUUGAAGAUGUAUAUAGCGGGAGUGGCAGCGACUCCGACGUAGACUGUGGCCCCAAUGCGGUUCCCAGUAACAUCUCUCACUGCAUCUGUGAAGACGGGUUCAGGUCCAUCUCUGGAAAAGAGCCUUUCCUUGGUACCAGUGAGUCCAGUUGUGAGGAAAUCCCCCUUCACUGCCAUUCAGAUUUCAUGAGAGAAAAUGACUACGUGAAGAUGUGUUUGAAUGGAUCACAGCAGAUUGACUUGGAGAAUAGGAAAAACAGCUCAUUCUGUUCGCUGGUCAAUUCCACCCUCAGCCUCCUGACACCUGCCUGUGAGAACAUCAGCUUGACCACUUCCCUAGAGGAGACAGCGACAUCCUUCGAACACGUCCUUGCUGACAGCUCCCUCUGGAGCGUUGAAAGCAAGGAGGAAGUCGCUUCUGCUGCGACGCUGUUUCUGCAGAGUUUGGGGUCGGCCGCAGUGACAGCUGCCCUCGCCUCUCCGGAGAACCAAACCCAGACUGUGACCACCAAGCUAAUGGCGAUUCAGACGAAGCUCACCGAUGAGAACUGUAGUCUGCAGAGCGAGGUACUUGGGUUCCGUGCUCACGAAGACAGAAUGGAUAUUCACUGCACUGCCGUCACUGACGCUGACAUGGAAGGUUCUGCUGCUGUCGCUUUUAUCUCCUUCGUGGGGCUGGAGUCCCUACUGGGAGGGAGAUUUUUGCAGGAUGAAAAUCCAGGGAGCGAGGCAAGACCAGAACAGGUUCACGUGAAUUCCAGAGUGGUGAGCGCCUCCACCAGCACCUGGAAGAAGAAGCUUUCCAGUCCCAUCAACCUCACCUUCCAGCACCUCGAGGACAAGACUCUGCUGGAUAGGGCCAUCUGCGUCCACUGGAACUCUACAGGCCAGGAUGGUGUCUGGUCCCCCCAGGGCUGCCAGCACCUUCACUCCAAUGUCACUCACACACGGUGCAGCUGUCGCUACCUGGCCAGCUUUGCGGUGCUGAUGGCGCCUGGUAUCGUUCAGGUGGAUUUUGCCCUGUUUGUUAUCAGCCAAACCGGGCUCAUCAUCUCCCUGGUCUGUCUUGUCCUGGCUAUCGUCACCUUCCUCUUCUGCCACCCCAUCUGUAACACCAGCAGCACCUUCCUCCACCUGCAGCUCAGCAUAUGCCUCUUCCUGGCCGAUCUCCUCUUCAUAGUGGGAAUAGACAAGACUUACAACAAGCUCAUGUGUUCCAUCACCGCCGGCUUGCUGCAUUACCUCUUCCUGGCUUGCUUUGCCUGGAUGUUUCUGGAAGCGGUGAGUUUGUACCUCAUCGUCAGGAAUCUGAAGGUGAAAAAUUAUGCGGGCACGGGCGGAUGCACAAGAAAAUGCAUGUACGCUUUUGGCUACGGACUCCCAGCAGUGAUUGUGAUCACGUCUGCAGCCAGCGCGCCCAGCAGCUAUGGAACUCCUUAUCACUGCUGGCUCAAUCCUGAUAAUGGUUUUAGAUGGAAUUUCCUUGGACCUGUCUGCGCCGUGGUUGUGGUAAAUUUAGUAUUUUUCUGCCUUACUCUGAAGCUUUUGCGAGAGCAUCUUUCCUCCCUCAAUGCAGAGCUGUCUACUCUGAGGAACACCAGGUCACUGACUUUUAAAGCCCUGGCUCAUCUCUUAGUCCUGGGCCUCACGUGGGGGCUGGGCACCUUCCAGUUCGGCCCGCUGGCCACGGUGAUGGGGUACCUGUUCACCAUCACCAACAGCAUGCUGGGAACCUUCAUCUUCGUGGUGCACUGCCUGCUCAACAGAAAGGUGAGAGAGGAGUAUUGGAAAUUAUUUACCAGGCUUCGACGGUCAAAGGAAGAACCUUCGUCUUCCAAUAUAACUAUGUCUGCUCUCGCCUCCAGCACAGCCACGGAUCCUCUGCAAAACAGUGUCCCAUCCUACCUGCAGAAGGCAGCGAGAAAUUGAUCUGUCGCCUGGCCUCUCUUUGGCACACUCUCAUUAAAUGCUCCUGCUGUGUCACCAAAGAAUGUCUCCAUUCUCAAGCCCACAAGCAACAAAGCCAUAAACUGGUGGAUUCUGAGCCACCAGGCAAAACUAUGAUACUUCAGGAGACCAGAGCUACGAAAUCCUGGUCUCCAAGCCCUUCUCCCUAUGUUCAGUUCAGGUUUGGCUUAAGGAAGGCUCAGGUUGGAGCUUAAAAAUUUAAUUGAACCAAUUCACCCAGUGGCCCAGUGUGUGCCUUGUUUGAGCCUUAUCCUGAAACUGAUUCUAAACUAGGAUCUAGAGGCUGGCCUUAAGGCCCCAAAUUUGGAUCCAGAUCUGGUUUUUUCAACAUCUUGGCCUUUGGAAGGGUGUGAGAGAUCCAGGGGUUCAUCUUAGCCCAUCUUUUGUUCUUUGCUUUACGUAAUCCUGUAUCAUUCUCACUGCAAUACAGAUUCCUUUGUACUAGUCAGGCAUGAAUCUAGGACCCAGAUACUAUGGUGGUAGAUACAUAAGGUGGAAUCCUGGCUCCAUUGACGUUAAUGGCAAAACCCCCAUUGGCUUGAGUGGGGUGGGAAAUCACCCACAGAUUGUAUUGUCAGUGGGUUUCUUUUUGUAUUAUAGCUGGAGAUGGAGCCACGGAUAAGGUUAAGGUUGCCCAAGUGUUUCCAUUCCAAGCCCCUGUUUUCAAGUGUUCAUUCAUAAUUUUAAACGUUUCCUUUUCUGAAACAUUUACUUUUGGGACUAACAUUUUCCAGGCCUACUAAAUGAUUCUGGAAAGUUUGAGCAAAAUAUAUGGUGGUAUAUGCUAUUUCUACUAUUUGAGAAACAGUUUGUGAUCACAUGAUUAAAGAUGGUCUUAUACAGGUAAUGUUUAGACAGAAGGUGUCAGAGUUAAGGUUGCAUGUUCAAGCUUAACUUUGCCAUUCCCUGACUUUGGAGUGAUUAGCUGAGCAGCGUUAAUGUUCUCUUGAUGUAGUUUUUCUAUAUGGAAUAUAGGCCAUUAUGGGUCUGAUCUGAUGAUGAAUAGCAGCUAACAUCAUAGGCCACGGAACCUGGGAGGGCCAACCGGCCCAUGGCCUGACCACCUUUUGGCAAGGCCAAACCUGAGCAGUGAUGUGACCCUGCAGGCCAAGUUGCAACGCCACUCAGAUUUGGAAGGGGGUAGCUGUAGGAGCUCUCAGGUUGGAGGGCGUCAGGGGAAGAGGAGAGUCAGGCACUGUGGGGUGGGGAACCAAUUCCUCUACACACUUUAAAUGACAGUCUGCAGGCCCUGCCUUACUUCAGCAGCCAUCUUGCUAAGGAAGGGUGAUCCAGUGGUUAGGGCCCUGAUGUAUGACUUGGGGGAGCUGGGGUCAGAGCCUGGCUCUACACAGAUUUUCUGUGUGACCUUGGGCAAGUCACUUAGGACCAGAUUUUUAAAGGGAAUUAAUCCCCUAACUUAAUUCUUAAAUUGCUUUUGAAAAUAAGUUAAGCGUUGCAAUGCUGAACAGAACAAUGCCUGAAUACCUUGAACAAUCUGGGCUCUAGCCCUUCUGCGCCUCAGUUCCCCAUGUGCAAAAGGUGGAUAAUAGCACCUAAGAUACAGCCAGAUUCUCAGGUGAUGAAAGGUGGCAUCACUCCCUUGACUUCAAUGAAGCAUUGGUGAUUGACAAUUGCUGAGGAUCCAGCCCAUGAACUUCAGUGCAUCUGCUUGGAGACUAAGGUGCUACUCAGUGUGAGGGUAUCAGCCUCUGGCUGUAUAAACUGUUUGAACUUUGGGCUGCUCUAUUGCUUACUUUGCAUAUAAACCAAUGAGUCUUUAACAAA